CCUCAGACAACAAAUAAGAUCCAGACCUGAGGGAAACAGGUCUCCUCCAAAGGAUACAACAUCUCUUUAGCUGAACAAGUUUUACUGAUUCUGGGAUUUCCUGCCAGCUUUGUCCUGGGACUGCAUUUUUCAUAUGAGAAGACGCUCAUUCACAUACCAGAGAAGAGACAUCAGAAGGAAAUUUCCACAAAGACAGAAUAGAUCAACUACUUUAGUGUGGUGAGGAUCGGAACUAUUUCUUCUUGUGACAGCUGCUUCAGAAAGCACAAACCAAUGGCAGCCAACUUGAUCAGCUCAUCUAACCAUACUGAAAACAAGGCAGAAGAUCUUCCUCUCCCACCACCUCCACCACUGGAUUCAGGCCAUACCCUGUCUGUGUCAUCUAGAGAACAAGAAAAAUGCAGUAUGCCUUUACCACCUCCUAAAGAGUCAUUUGCUAAGUUUUAUGAGCAACGUCAAGCAAAUGAAGUAAAAAGGCUUUAUCGACACAUGCAUCCAGAAUUAAGAAAACAUUUAGAGCAAGCUGUGAGCCAUGAUCUCUCUGAACUGAUAAGUACAGACGAGCCAAAUCAACAAUCAUCCAUUAAUCUGGAUGCAGUUUUACCAGGUGAUGUGCAGUCCAUGCGUUGGAUCUUUGAAAAUUGGACUCUAGAUUCAAUUGGAGAGCAUAAGGGUACUACAAAACUAGCAGAUGAAGAGGGUGUGAUUGGUGGUAAUGUAAAAAAUACAUCACUCAAAUUUAAAGGUCAACCAGAAAAGGGUGGUGCACUGUUUACCUCUGAAAGUGAUAGAGAAAAUACAAAAGGAGAUGUAAAAACAGCCUUGUGGUUAUUUGAAACACAACCUCUUGAUUCAUUAAAUAAAAUAUAUACCAGUGACACAGAUGUUCAGGAAGCAGUUUUGAAAGAGCCAGUUGAAAGAGGAGAUGUGAAAGGCACAAAAUUUCUCUUUGAAACCCAUUCCUUAAGUGAAGUAGGUCGAUGCAACUCUGUUGAAGAACAGAGUAUUCUACAGCUGAAAUCUGAAAUACAGGAACUAAAAGGAGAUGUGAAGAAAACUGUGAAACUGUUUCAGACAGAACCUUUAUGUGCCAUUAGAGACAAGACUGGAAAUAUUCAUGAAAUUAAAUCUGUCUGCAGAGAAGAUACUCAAAUCAACAAUGUGAACACAACAAGAUGGUUAUUUGAAACUCAACCCUUGGAUACUUUUCACAAGGAUUCCACUAACAUUCAUAUUAUUCGAGGUAUUUCACUGGAAGAGCUAGAAAAAGGAGGGGUAAAUGCAAAAAAGUGGGUAUUUGAAACACAGCCACUGGACACUAUUAAAGAAUUUGUAGAUGAGGGAGUUUUCCAGGCAUCAUCUGAUAACAUCCAAGGAGCAGAUGUAAGUAAACAGCGCAAUCUCUUUGAAAUCCAACCGUGUAGCUCAAUAAAUGAAGACUGUGCUGGUAAAAUGGUUGCCAAAGAAGAAGUACUUGCAGGCGAUGUAAAGUCCUCCUUGUGGCUGUUUGAAACUCAACCAAUGGAAACACUUAAGGGCAAUUUUGAAGUUGGACAGCUACAAAGAUUUGAGCUGCCAAAUCAAGAAAAAGGAGACGUAAAACAAAAAAAACAAGUCUUUGAAACCUGUUCCCUUGACAGCAUUUCCAAAACAGAAGAGGAAUCAGUAAAAGAUAACAGCAAGAAAGAUAUUGUUAAAGGAGAUGUGAAAUCUUUUAAGAACCUGUUUGAAACACUUCCUCUGGACAGCAUUAAAAAUACUAGUAGUGUUUCUGUUUGUAACCAGGAAGAAAUGCAGGUGGGCAAUGUAAAAGCAAAUCAACUUCUGUUUGAAACUACUCCUCUUUAUGCUAUUGAGGAUAGCUUGGGCAAUUUUCAUGAAGUUACAUCUGUCAGUCGAGAACAAAUAAUAAGUGGUGAUGUGAAAAAUUACAAAUGGAUGUUUGAAACAAAACCACUAGAUCAAUUUAAUGGAAGUACCCAGAAGGUAGAUAUUAUCAAAGGUAUAACAAAACAAGAAAUGAUGUCUGGAGAUGUGAGAACUGCAAAAUGGCUCUUUGAAACUCAACCAGUUGAUGUUAUUCAUGAGGAAAAAAAUAAAACUGAAAAACAUUCCUCAGUACAGAAGGAAAACUCGCAAAAAGGUGAUGUCAAGAAAUAUCGGUGGUUGUUUGAAACACAACCUGUUGAUGCUUUGUAUGAUAAAUCAGAGAAAAAUCAAGAAAAAGAAAAACUACCUCAGGGAGAUGUUAAGUCCACUACAUGGAUGUUUGAAACACAACCAUUAGAUUCCUUGAGAGACACUGAGGAACAAUACAUCAAAAUUAGUACAGUAUCACAAGACAGUUUUAAAGGAGUUGAUGUAAAAACUACCAAACAUCUGUUUGAAACAGAACCCUUAGAAAACAUUUCAUCUACGGUUCAAUCUAAAAAUAUUAUCAGAUACUCAAGCAGAGUAGAGAUUCAAUCAGGUGAAGUUUCCAGAGUAAAGGAAAUCUUUGAAACCAAACCAAAAGAAGGAACGAGUUUGAAAACAACAGACAUACGCAAGGAAGAAAGUAUCCAAAGUGGUUGUGUAAACAAAUUUACAUGGCUUUUUGAAAACUGUCCAAUAGAUUCUAUGGCAAACAAAAAUGAUGGGUUUCUGGAAAUUCCACCAGAGAAGGAUGUCAGAAGUGGGGAUGUUGGAGGGAAAAAAUUCAUUUUUGAAACAUAUUCUUUAGACCAGAUUCAACGAGAAGUUGAUGAAACGGAAAUCAAGAAAGUACAGGAAGAUAUCAGCAGAGGAGAUGUCAAGUCAUGUACUAUGCUGUUUGAAAGCAAGCCAUUAUAUGCUAUACAAGACAAAGGUGGUGAAUAUCAUGAAGUCACAUCUGUAAAGAAAGAGGAAAUUAUGAAAGGUGAUGUCAGAGGGGCAAAAUGGUUGUUUGAAACUAAACCUCUUGAUAGAAUUAAUAAAGAUGAGGAGGUUUUUGUCAUCAGAGCUGUGACGCAAGAAGAUUUUGAGAAGGGCUGUGUAAGGUCUGCUCGAUGGAGGUUUGAAACAGAACCACUUGAUUCUAUCUCUGGAAAUGGAAAGGAAUGCAGGACAACAGUUGAUGAUGUGCAAAAGGGAGAUGUGCAGUUGAACAAACAAUUAUUUGAAUCACAACAGAUAAAUCAGAAGAAAUAUGUCAGACUGGUAAGUGUCAGUGAUGUCCAGAAAGGAAAUGUUAGAACAUCUACUUGGCUCUUUGAAAAUCAGCCUAUUGACUGUUUGAAAGGAGAUUCUGAAGAACACUGUGGCAUUGUAACUGUGCAGCGUGAAGACAGCCAAAAGGGUGAUGUUAAGAGGUGUACCUGGUUAUUUGAGUCUCAGCCACUAGAUAGUCUCAAAGAUACUGAUACUUCCUUAACUCCCCAGGUUAAUGAAGUGCUUCCAAAACAUAAUGUAAAAAGCACAACAUGGCUUUUUGAAAGUACUCCUCUAGACGAAUUCAAUUCUGGCAGAACAAUUGGUGAAGAAGAUAAAGAAAUACAUAUAAAAGAUACCCUGACAGCCUUUUAUUCUUCCCAAAUAAUUCAACACAAAGGAAUUAUUAUUGAAGGUGUUAAUGAAGGAAAUGUUAAAAUGGCAAAAUACCAAUUAAGCAAACCAGCUACAACAGAAAUUCUAAAGGAAGAGAUAGUGGGAGGCAACUUGCAAAGAAUAUUGUUGCAAUUACUUCACAGAGCGGAUAUUGAACCCCACGGGGAUCUGGUAGUGGAGAACAGCAUGGGAGAGCUCCACAUUACUAAGCUCCAGCUGUUAAAUCAAAGUGAUUCAGGAGUACAAGAAGAAGCUAAAGUAAAGGAUAAUGUAACUAAAGCUCUUCAAUUUCUCCUCAACAAAGAUUUGUCAUUGAAGACUGGCAUUAUAAUGGAAGAAUCUGAAACAGCCUCAGUUAAAAUUAUAAUCUAUUGUGUUUCAACACAUUUUGUAUUUCAUGUUGGUGAAGAGGACAAUGUAAAAGGAGAUGUAAAGUCAACCAUUGGAACCCUCAUUGCCUGUAGCCAAGAACCUAAUACAAAAGCUUCUGUUAUACGAGAGCAAAAUGAAAAAGGAAACGUACAGUUAUACAAAAGUUGCAUUGAAAAAGGAAAUCUAGAGUACUUAAGAAAUCUUCAGUCAGAUUCUGAAAUAGAAAACCUUAUCCUUUCUCAGAGUCAAGGUAUUGAACAGAUACAUCAGGAUACAAACAUGCCAACUGAAAUAAUAACAAAAACUCCAGUCAUCCAAAACACAAGCAAUCUCAAAAAAGAAUCAGUACAAGUAUUAUACAGCCCUCCUCUACACUCCAUUGUCUACCUUGCCGAUAAAUCCACACAACAACUUGAAAAAUCUCAAAAAGAAUACAAAACAGAAGAAAACAACACCACACAAUUUCCAAGCCAAUCAAACCAACAAGUCAUAGCUAAUGAAGAAUCAAAUAGAUCUGUCCCCCAAAAACCAUGGUUGGUUGAGGGAAAUACCCAAGAAAAGGAGUUUGACAGUAGGAGUGACCUUCAGUCUGCACUUCUUAAUCUUAGACAAGCCACAGAGGAAGCUAAGAACAUUCAACAUCAAGUUCAAUGCAAGUUGCAAAAGACUACAAAAGAAAUUCAAGUCAGCAGUCCAACGGCAAAUGUUCAACCAUCUAUAACAAAUCAAGAAUGUGCCUCAAAGCAAACAACAACAAGUUCAAUGUGUGCAGUUCAACAAACACAGAAGUCUCAUUCAAGUCUUCAGAAGUCCACAGCAUCAAUAAAAAAGGUCAGUGCUCAUGAGAAGGAAUUUCAGGUACAGCAAUUAUUUAAAUCUGGACAGGAAAGAGAAAUGGUACCUAGUACAGAAGAUAGUAUUAAAAAUGUUAUUAAUCUUCCUGAGCAUCCCAAAAAAUAUUUAAAUCCUUUUAUUGAUUCUGAUUAUAAUAUGCAAUCAGUGCAAGAAGAAAGAGAGAAUGAUAUUGUAAGAGGGGAUGUAAAGGCAGCUAUUAGAGCAUUGCAGAGUUCUUCAUUAGAACAAAAAGAGCUAGAAAAAGAGGAAGUUAUUAAAGGUAACCUAGCAUCUGCCUUGCAAUCCUUGGAAAAGUCUAAUGUUAAUAUUUCAAAAGGGGACUUUAAAGCAGCUAUGAUAUACAAAAAUGCAGGGAAGUCAUACUCAGGGUAUAAAACAAACAAUGAUGCUCAGCAGAUUAGCAAUCAGGAUACAGUGGAGACCAUACAACAAUCUGAUAACAACUUUCCUGUUCCUUCAGCUACUGUGAUGGGAAAAGAAAGUCCACAACCUUUGAAGGCAAACAUUGUAGAAGAAAGAAAGGACAAAUCUACAACCAUGAAAAAUUCUGUCAAAAAAAAUACAGAGUCUGUUCCAAGUAAGACAAGUGAAAAUACAUUAGAUGAGAAUGGAAAUGGCUUAUCCACAUCCCAAACUUUAAUGCCACAAAGAAUAAAGCCAGUACCACCUCCCAAACCAAAGCACCUACUUGCAUAUAGCCAACCAGCUACACAUCAUAGCACAAAAUCUCAGCUGAAAGCAGCCUCAUUGCAUAAUAAGCCUACAACUUCAAAUACCAAAAGUGAAAUACUCCUUUACAGGUCCCAUGAGGAGCAAAAACAAAUAUUUCCAUCAGAAACCCAAAGCUGCCCAUGCCCAGAGGAACAUAAAGUAAUUGUUUCUAAUCCAAAAAUGCUGCAAAAAAAAGAUAAUAAUUUAACACCCUGUGAGAUAUUUGUUCAGACAGAAGAAGUGGAACAUGUACCUAUUUUAGAAAAUAAAGUGUUGGUUAAAGAUGAAAAGUGUGACAAAACAAUGAGCCAGACUUGGGAAGGUUGUGAAAAUGUAAAACGCAGAAAGGGUGUUACUGUUGUAGAAUCCAAAGACUAUCAAGGUGUGGUAAUGAGGGUAAAACGAAAAAAGGAAACAGAAGAUGAGAAACGCAAAAGAUUAUCUGUCCACAAGGACGAGAUAAUGAAAGGAAAUGUGAAGGCAGCAAUGGAUAUUUAUGAAAACUUGAGAAAACAAGAUGAGCUACAAAAGAUUCUCAACAAAGUAAAAGAGCUAGAAGAGGAUACAUCUAAUGUGGAUGUGAGCUCCAUGAAAAAUAUAUUUGAAAAUGUCCAGGACUGGGUAGAUAUUAGCCAAGAUGGUGUAAGUCAUCAACUUAGAGAAAAGGAGGUUCAGAAAGAUGAAAACCUUGAGGUGAUAAAGGAUGAUACAGAAAGUAUUUCUUCUAUGGAACUUGCUUAUGAGGAUCUUGAAAAGGCUAGUGCAGAAAUCAAACAUUUGAAAGAACAAACUUUGUCAAAACUUUUAGACAUUGAAGAAACAAUUAAAAAGGCUCUUUAUUCAGUUUCCAAUUUAAAAUCAGAAUCUGAUAUUGUUGGACUCUCAGGUCUUUUCCGUGAGUCCCUUGGAACUUCAACAAAUGUGACUCCAACAAAUAAUAUCAGAAAAAUAAGCAUAGUGUCUAGCAAAGCAAAACCAGACAAACCAACAGAACUUUCCCUCCAAAAAGCUGUAGAAGCUACAAAUCAUCAAGAAAUAACUGAAAGUAAAAAGAAUGAACUAGAUGUUACCAGUGUUUCAAACAGAUCAAUGUCCCCUGCAUCCCCAUCAUUUAUUACCAUAGAGUCUGCAGUCAGGAAACCCUCCCAACAGAAUGGGGGAUGUUUACCUGCAGCUUACACUCCAAAAGAUCCUCAAGAUAUACCUAGUUUACAUGGGCAAAAUAUUGGUGAAAAGGAACAGGUACAAAAAGGAUCAAGUUCCAACUGCACAUAUGAGCCUGACCAGUUUAAUAAAUGCAGCAAUAUUAAAGCUAAUGUCAACUGCUCUCAUAAUUCUCAUCUAAACCUUUCCUCACCCUCAAGCCCACUAAACUCUCGCAGACAAAAAAGUGUCUUAGAGUUGAAGACUGGAACUGAAAGUCCAAAAUUAAUUGGGACAACAAUAGUGACUGAAAAGUAUGAAGAAUCUGACCAGUUUGGUAACAAAAUCUCUCGAUCAAAAACAUCAACGACAGUUACAAAGCAAUCAGACACUCAGAGUCCAUCAAAAUAUGAGUUUGUAUCCACUCCACCCCGAUAUGAAGUAACAGCCUCUCCUCUACUUAGAAGACGUGCAAUUGCAUCCAUAGAAAAUUCUGGUGAAGCAAGCAAUACUGGUGUAGUGUUUGUUACAUUUGGCAAUUCAAAUUCAAAAAAGAAAUAAUGUAUUGUUAGAGUCCUUCAUUGUCUAUUUAUAUAUUUAUUUUAGAAUUAUCAGGCAACAUAAGUUUUUGUAUUUGUAUACACAAUUUUAUAUUUUUUUUAUGGAACAACAAUAUUUUGACAGGGCAUUAUAGACUGACAGUGGUUUAAUGUAUUUACUUAUCAGAAGUAUAUUUUUGCUUUCCAAAAAUGUACCCAGUCAUUUUAUGUACAGCAACCAUCAUACUGUACUCAAACUAGCUUUUGCCAUGGUGUAGCAAUAUAUUAUUUAAUAAACAAACUUCAUGAAAUAAAAAGGUUUUUGUUUAAGAAUUAAGCACAUUCUUAUGCUCUUUAAUAUUUAGGGGGAGAUUCUUCAAAGCUCACUGCUAAGGUAAGAAUAUCUCAAAAUAUGUCAGUACUAAAAGGUCUCCUGCAGAGUUCUAGAAAGAUCAAUUUUACUUGGACAAUUUUAUUUGUUAAUAAAGGACAUUUUAGAUUGUGUUUUGUGCUUUGUAUUUAGUGUUUUUAGACUUUGUAGAUUUUUUGCUGAUUUGUAUUAAGCAUUGUAUUUAGGGUUAAACUUGUGACUGUAUAGACUAUGAUCAUAAUUUUCAAAACAUAUACAGAAAAAUAGAAAAAAAUAUUAUUAAUUGAAUAAUCACAAUCCUAAACACACUGCUAUAAACACAGAACAAAGUAUAAAGUCUAAAUUGAUUACAAAGUCUUCAAAGCAUUAUAGGAUUAAAUAUAAAGUAUGAAAUACAAUGAGUAAAAAUCAUGAUAGUACUUUUUAUUUUUACUAGUUAUAAUUGCUCUUGUAGUGUCAGAGAGUACUGAAAAGGGACUUCUUUGGACUUGUUACAAUCUCUGAGCAUAUACUAAUUUUACCCAUGCAGGUGUAACUGACUAUAUGAGGGUGAGAUUAUUAAAUAUCUGAAAUACUAUACCUUAAAACUGAGAGAAGGUAUAAUAUAUACAAAACUAGAAGAAAAUACAAGUUACACUGCACUCAAAUUGUUUCAUUUUUAUUUGCUUCAAAUGUAGAUUUAUUAUCUACAUAGGUGUUCACUUGUUAACUUAGCACUCCCCUGCUAGGUUCUGCACAUUAAUUUGUAAGGGAAAAAAAGUUACAGCGUUUUCCAAAGUUCAAUGUUUUUUCUUUAAGAAAUCAGUGAGCUCUGCCUCUGUCAGGUCUUCAAAAUUAGAGAUUUUGAGAAUUAAACCCAAGGUGACAAGUUGGCACAUUGAAAUCAACUGUUUUAUUCUUUGUUUUGUUCUUUAUUUUAUCUAAGAGGGGGAAUUAGAAAAUGUAUUUGAGCUAUUCUUGCUUACAAAAAUCAUGUACAUGUCCUCAAUAAACCAAACUUUUCUUUUCACACUUGCAAAUAAUUUUUUUCCCUAGAUGAAAUUCAGACGUUUGAAUAUUAGCAAAAAUAUUAUAGCUUGCACAUCAUAAAUAAAAGUAGAAUAUUCUAAUAUAAAUCUGACAUCAUGUAUUUAGCAUAAACGACACUUGCAUAUAUAUGCAUAUAUUCAACCAGAUGUAUUUAACCUCUUAAGGACAUAUGACGGAAUUUUUCCAUCAUAAAACAAUUGAGCAAACUGAAAGCUGUGUCCUUAAAGGGUUAAACAGCAUUUAAAACAUGACUCUUUAUAUGAUCUAUGUUUUAGUUCCAUGAUGAUGAUCCUUUUUUAACAUAAAUAUAUGUUAGAUAAUUUAAAUAUUUCAAAUAUUAAUUUAUUGUUCCUCAAAGGUGAUUUUUAUCCACUUUAGUUGUAUCCACUAAUUUGUUGCAUUUAAUAUUGUCAGUUUCUUUGUAAUUUUGGCGGAUCUUUUAUCAUAAAAACUGUUUUGUAUCUUCAAAAAAAUGUUAUUGAUUAAAAUUAAAGAAACGUAUUUCCAUUAA